GAAGUCUCUGAUACAACCUUACAAAGAACAAACAGAGGUAUAUUUGGAUUCUUUCUUGAUAUAUACGUACUUGUCAUAUACAGAUUGAAUCAAGCAAUUGAGGAAGAUACCUGCAUGGUGCAAGGGAGUCGAUCAAGAAAGUCUUUGGAUGGCACUUAUUCAUUUGCUGAUGUUAGCACAUUUGCGAUA